UACAACGUUAACUUUAGUUUAGUGCACAGGUGAGCUAAAAACUUUAUUUUCUAAUUUAGCUCGGGAUCGAGAAACAACGAAAAAACAUGGCCAUCGGCCGUGUGAGAAAUUGGCUUGUCAACUUUGCAACAAAGCCAUUUGUCCAGAUAUGUACAGAACAAGAGUUACUGGCCAAUCAGAGUAAACAAUGGAAUCAGAUAAGGACAAAGAUGGUGGACCAUAAAAUGACUCGAGAUAACAAACGGAGAAAAAUACUUCAGGAACAUGGCCCCGAGAGAUUCCGUGUAAAUAUGGUCCGAAAAAGCAAACUUAUACCAAGAGAAAUAAAAGAGCUUGCUGAUAAGGAAAUUAAACAGUUUCCACUUAACAGUGCCUACACUAGAAUCCAUAAUAGAUGUAUAUUGACUUCACGUCCUCGUGCUGUGCUGAAAAGAUGGCAUGUCAGUCGAAUCAUGUUUCGCCAUCUUGCCGAUUAUAAUAAACUCUCAGGAUUUACACGAUCAUCGUGGUGAUAUAGAACUCAUAUUAAUGAUUGUGAAUUAUUACUCAGUUUGUUAAAUAACAAAUAUACAUUAUAAACAAAAUAUCAUUUGAAAUUAG